AUGAAGCUCCACGGUUCCUUUGCCCAGGAGGGUACCAUCAUCAAUCAGUACAAGUAUCUGCACCGGCUCUACUCCACAGAAGUCCUGGUCCACAAUGACUCCCUAGCCGAGUACCACGACGAGGUGGCCCUGGUGCUCCUAGCCUCGCUUCACAGAACACAGCCUAACUUUAAGCUUUACGAAAACCAGCCGUACAUCACCGCCGUCGUGAGAAACAAGCUCAUCGACUUCAUUCUCCGCAUGGCUGUGCGCCUCAAGAUCGUGCCAUUUGUGUUCUGCAAAGCCGUUCGUCUCUUUGACCGCUACUGUUCCAAACGCAUCGUGCUUCUUGACCAGGCCCAGCUAGUCAUCACCACGUGCUUGUGGAUCGCUGCCAAAGUCCACGGCGGCAACAACCACUUUGCCAAUCUCCAGAGCUCAAAGUGCUCGCUGAUCAAAACCAUCCUGAACUUGGGCUUUGGCCUGGGGGCUCGCUUUGCUGGUCCAACUGAGCGCUACAGAAUGCCCAAGAUCUCCGAGCUCGUCAAACUCUGUGGAGCUCGCUGCAACUACGAUGCCAAUAUGUUCAAGCAGAUGGAGUUGCACAUCAUGACUACCCUCGACUGGAACAUGACUGACGCUUCCAUCGACGACUUUUUAAUUUCCCUGGAGGACCUCAGAUCGUGCACGGACUACGAGCCUGCUGCUACGGAAGAGGCCACUACACUCAAGACGUUUGUGGCCUACGCUUCGUGCUUUCUGUACGACCUCAUCAAGUACACCCCAUUGGAAAUGGCCAAGGCAACGGUGGACUUGCUCAACCACGCCUUCUCCCUUCGACCUUCGGACGGUUUCACUCUCAACAGCACAAUGUUUGAGAAUGCUCCCGAAAUCUCUUGCACCCAGAGGAACAGACAUGUCGAGCAGCUUCUCACACAGGCGGUGAUGAACGCUCCAGCGUAUCUUCUUCGUUGCUUCGAUGUCGAGGGCCCCCGCCGCUUGUUCUCUCACCUCAACGGUUCGAGACUUGCCUUUGAAGAAGCCACCACCCCAACAAGCAUCGCCACGCCGUCGCUUCCCGACAUGUCUCUGUCCAACUACACUUAUGCCACACCUACCAAGGUGCUACACGACUACCCAUCUCCAAUCAUGGGCGUCCCCUACAUUUCCAAAAAUCCCAUCAAAGGCUCUAAACUGCUGGUGACUGAUUCGGCGCACAUGAACAGCCACCACUACCCGCCUAUCAAGAGCACAAAAAUGAACGAAUACCCACAACCGAGGCUCCAGGAGCUCCUUUACCGCAAUAAUAAUAGCCUGGGUAGCAUUGCGUCGAGCACCUCGUCGAAGGCCUCUGAUAUCUUCUACGACUCCACGAGAUACGGCGUUUGCACACCAAUAAGCAUAGACGACGAAAAGCCCGUCAAAAAAAGAGCAAGUUAG